AUGGCGACACAUCAACGCAACGCUUCAUCCACAUCUGAGGAUGUUCCCCAUUCUCGACCAGUCGCCAUUGCUGGCGUUCCCGGAGACGUGGUCAACCGCGAUCGACUGUCCACCAUUGGGAUGCAAAACCACAACGGCCUUGGCACACAAAUGCCACACCGCAGCCCUACUGAGCAAAACCAGGUCCCGUAUGGAACAACAGGCUCGCCGCACAACAUGACGAACCCACACCGGAUUGAAAACCGUGCCCUCGACGGGAUCGGGGCGCAAUUCAAAGGCCACCAGCCUCUCCAGGACGGCCAACAGCUGAUGGACCACAUCACAAGGGACGCAGGCCAGCAUCACGGCCAUUCAGUCUCUUUACCUCGCUCGACAAUGUCCCCUGGCGUUGUUCAAGACCCAAGGUAUUCGAACUCGGGCCCGUUGACGCGAUUUCUGCUGGAAACUUCAACACAGCAGCCCCCCUUCCUUGUUGAUCGAUCGAAUGGUCAGCCAUCAUCCCGUGGAGGAUACUGGCAUCCCUCCUACCCUUCGAAAAAGUGA